CAGAGAGACCUCACCAGCGACACCAUUUGCUCUGAAUCGACCAGUCAUGUCUCUGGCUGGCCAGCUCUCUCGGCGGUCUCCGGCCAUGAUUUCAAGGGCGUCAGGUAGCUCUUCUAGCGCCUUCGCUCGGCCGAUCUUUGCCCGUUCCUUUGCGACGCCAUCGUCUUCCUCUCCAUCGUCGUCGUCGUCUUCCACAUCGACAUCUGCCUCAUCAACGUCGGCGAAAGUCGAGGCGACGGCUCAGAGUGUUGUUCGAUGGGAUCGGUACCUGAGCCUCCGCAAGCAGAAGAGGCUCGCCGGCCUGGUGACGACGGUCCCCACGACCUUUCUCGCCGCCGCAGGAGCCGGCUCGUAUUUUCUGACGCAAGAGGUCGACCCGAGCCAGGCCGUCAUGGGCAUCGACCCCGUGUAUGUCUUUGCGCUAGCCACGAUCGGCUGCACAGGCUUCGGGUACCUCAUUGGGCCGACGCUGGGCUCGACGAUCUGGUCAAUGUUCCACCGGCGAGACAUGAAGGCAUUCGAGCAAAAGGAUCAGGACUUCUUUGACCGCAUCAAGAAAUGGAGGGCGGACCCUUCAAGGCAGACUAUCCAGAACCGGCCCCCGGACCCCUAUGGCGAAAAGGUGGGUAGCAUCAGCGAAUACCGGCAGUGGCUGCGGGACCAGGCGGCCUUCCGGAGAAAGGCAGCCCACGGUGUCUUUGACGAUGAGAAGCAGAUGUAGCAAAAACGGCAGUGAAAAGUACCAUGCUCGAAUCAUUUUCCCCCUCCUUGUCUCGUUGUAAUCUGUAAAAUCCUUGACAUUAAUUCUGCCGAG